AUGCUUUUCAUUUACGGCCCACUCAUCCUUGCGCUCAUCUCCGCCAUCCCAACUACUGUAUUUGCCAAACGCGUGGUAGAGAAUUGGGAAGUAACCUACGUGACCAGCAACCGUGGUCUCGAUCAACCACCCAAACGCGGUGUCGGUGUCAACCACAAAUUCCCGCUCCCCGUUGUACACGCAACCAAGGGUGACACUCUCGUCCUAAACAUUUUCAACUCGCUCAACGAAACCACCACCAUGCAUUCACACGGACUCUUCCAACGUAACACGACGUACUAUGACGGAGCAGCAAUGACCACUGAGUGCUCUAUCACGCCGGGAACCUCCUUCUCCUACGAGAUCCCCUUGGAGCAGGCCGGAACGUAUUGGAUUCAUGGGCAUUCGCAUUCGCAGAAUUUCGAUGGGCUGCGCACGCCCUUGAUUAUUCACGAUCCCAAGGAUCCAUACAAGAGCGAUGGCGAGUAUGUGGUGGCCGUGGAGGACUGGUGGCCGGUGACCUUUAAUACCACUUUGGCGGCUCUGCUGGAUGUCACUGGGCAGAGCAACCCAUUUGCGCAACCGCCUAAUCUCCUUGUCAAUGGACACCCUGAAGCACCCCGCUUUGACUUUAUUCCCGGACAAACUUACCGCAUCAGACUCGUUUCCAUGAUGAGUCUGCCGCUGUGGGAGUUUGCCAUUGACGGGCACGAGCUAGAAAUCAUUGAGGUUGACGGCGUCAACACAAAGCCCAAAAAGGUCAAUGUUGUCCGUCUGGCACCCGCCCAGCGCGUCUCUGUUCUGGUGAAAGCCAAGGAAUCGUGCGAUAGCAAUUAUAGCUACCAUGUGACAAUGUUUGGAAACUUCUUGCCACCCAUCCCGGGUGUCUUCCCGUCGCGUGUGGACGGUCUUGUGGCAUACUCCUCGGAUGCGCCGCUGGCAGAGACUGUCGGCGAGAUUCCCUCAGAGCCCUUUGACGAAAUGAGCAUUGAGUCUCUGCAUGGUCCUAUUAUGAAGGCCGACCGCGGACUGUACUUUAAUGCCACGUCAGGGUUCUUGCCUGACGGCACCAACUGGGAGUCGUUCAACUUGGUCACCUACCGCGACCCGGAUGUGCCCUCUGUGUUCACUGCACUGACCGAUUUUAUCAACCUCAACCCCAUCUCGUACGGCCCCCAGACCAACGCCCAUGUGUUGCAGCUGAACGAGGUCAUUGAAAUGCUUUUCUGGAGUGCCACGCAGCUCUCCCACCCGCUGCACCUCCACGGCCAUGUAUUCCAGAUUGUCGAAAAGGGGUUCAUCAACGACACCAUGGGCGCACUGACAACCAGGGUCGCCAAGGACAAGUUCCCUCUGCAGAGAGACACAGUGCUGGUUAACAGCGGUGAGUACGUUGUGGUGAGGUUCAAGGCGGAUAACCCCGGAGUUUGGCUUAUGCAUUGCCACUUCGACUGGCACAUGGCGCUCGGGUUAAACAUGGUCUUUGUGGAGGCACCCAAGGAGAUGAUGGAUGUUAUCAAGGUGCCGCAGUCGGUUAUCGACCAGUGCAAGAGGCAGGGGAUUGAGACCAAGGGUAAUGUGGUGGGCAACAUGGCGUACGACUACGACGGUGCGCCCAAUCUGCCCCACCUGCUGCACGACGCUCCGGCGGUUCUGGCAUCGGCGGCUUAAGCUGAGGAACAAAUUGUAUGGGCGUGACGAUAUGAUCAAUGCUGAUUUGAUUUAAACCGAU